GCGUCUCUUUCAAAUCACUCGGAUAUCAUAUCUUUUCCUUUCUCUCUCUCUCUCUAUACAAUCAAUGGAUGUUGCUGUGAUCGACUGGAAAGACUCAAAGUUCGAAAAAGACAUACUGUACGAAGACUUUAACGCUCCUCAAUGGAUUGAUUUCUCCAACGACGACCCUGUUGUUGUUGACGAUGAAGCCUGGUUCUGUAGACCUGAGUGUAAUCAUCCCAAAACGGUGGAAGAUUUCUUUAGUCCUAGAUCCUCCAAGCUUCAAAGAUCUGCAAGUGUUUCUGAGAUCUUGGGUGAUCGAAACAGAAGAGAUGUAGCUCUGAAGAAAAGAGGUUACCCACCAAAGAAAGAUUCAAAAUGUUCAGCACAGGUUCAUGACAGUGAGAAUCAGGACCCAAAUUUCACCACCCCUCCAACUCACAAAUCCAAAUCAUUAAAAGAAAUGAUCAAAUCAAGCUCAGAAAAGAACCCUGUAUCAUCACCAACUGAAGGAACCGCGAGGCCGAGGCUGUUGAAAAGCACAUUGUCAGCACACAAUCUGUUUGCAGGAAGAGAUAUAUUAAACCAGGUAACUGAGUUUUGUAACGAAUUAAAACGACUGGCAACUCGGACAAAGGAGGACAAACAGGAAGUGGGAACCUUGAUGGAGAGUAAGAGUGAGAGGAAGCCAUUGUUGGAGGUAAAGAAAGACAAGUUUGAAGAAAUUCAGAAGCAAGGAAAUGUUAAGGAGAAGCUUACAGGGAAACAAACGAACGCAGAGUUAGAAAACAGCCCGAUUUCAUUAAAUAUGAAAAACAUAAGGGGCAAAGAUGAAGCAAGAGUGUUACAGCAGAUUCGGACGAAUCCUCCAUCGCCUCAAUGCUUUUCAGCUAAUCGUGGAACUACUACAAAAACAACUCCGUCCAAGGCUUUUCGUCCUAGACCUCAGGAGAGAGGGAUGCUUCAAGAGAUAGAAAGCAAAGAAGUGAAAAAGGAAGUCAAAGUCAAAGCCAGUAAUACUACAAUACAGAAUGAAGCAAAAGGGUUGGAUGUCUUCUGGUUUUUCAAGCCCUGCACCCUUUCUAGCUAAACAUAUUUACAAAUAUAAUUGUUUCUUACAUUAUUUUUUAUAUCUUUUAAAUUCAUUGAUUCUUUUUUUUUUAAAUUUGUUUUCUGUACCUAUAAAGACCCCCACAAUGGGUCAAUAAAAAUGUCAAUAUUACAUGGUAUUUUCAUGUGUAUC